UGCAGGUGAUAAUAAUUAUGAGGUUGAAGGCUCUGACGCUUGACUAGACAGGGCCACUGCAGUACACACCUGAGGACCCCGUUGCUCACCGCGUUAGGAUAGGACAAUAAUUUUUAUGGUUUAUGUGGGAGAAAAAAAUAAUAAUAAAGAAGUAUGCCUAAACAUUAUUCCUAAGUUCUUGUUAUAAUUAGACUGAUUUCUUUAAGAUUUUUUUAUUCACACUGGUAUGGUCACACUAAGGUUACCUUCCAGUAGCAUUUUGCUUGUUCCGUCAUGCUUUGAUUAUAUAUCUCAAAUUCUAGUUUUCUUUUCCUCACAUGGUGGUGCAUAUUCAUUCAUUUAGAUUACCUACUUUUAAAAAGUGUGUUAACGUGCUGUACACCACAUGUCUACCUAGGCAAAUGCACUCAAUAUUCACGUUUGUAUAAUCCGUGCAUCUCAGCUGAGUUAGCUUAUUAUAUCAGUCUGAAGUAUACUGGUAUUAUUUAUUGUAAGUAGGAAUUAGGAUCGUUUCAAGAGGUCAGCUGGCUACUUGUUAGGAUGAAAGCGUUCAGCAGAUGGAGGACCUAUCUAUACCUGACCGGACGGAUAGGUUCUCGGUGUUGUUUGUCCAGGCUCAUGUCGAAUCUCUGGUGGUGAACAAAACUCUCCAUCUCCAGUACCACCGUAGUAAGAUGCUAUCAGAUAGGGUAGCUGAGUUGGAACUACACUUGAACUAUCCUACAACGGCCGACCGCGCCCAAAGGGCCAAAAUAGGGGCCCUGAAGAGGACCAACGCCCAACAUCUUCAAUCUCUGUGGGCAGCCGACCAACAGCUCCAAGCCCUUCGUGAAGAAAAAAGUCAGGCCGAGGGUCUCCAUAAGCAGACUGUGGAUCAACUGACCUAGGAGCUGAAAUCGAAAGAGGCCCUCCUACAAGGACAGAGCCAGACUUUAGAAUCCCAGGCCGCUGAACUGUUUGCCCUGAAAGCUGAAUUGUCACAGGUCCGUUCUGGCCUUUCUGGAGUUACCUCAGCUCUGGAAAUAUAUAAAGCGGGAGAAGUCGAACGUUGCAGGCAGAGACGAGAAGCCUACCUCCAUUCCAGAGAGUUUGGCGUCCAGGUCGAGGAUCGCCUUGUGACCUCCAUUGCUUAUGGUGCAGCAGGGGCCAUGUAGCAACUAUAUGAACAAGGAUACUUUAGGUUUGAUCCCCCUGAAGACUUCUUGGAUCAUCAUCGUAUUUUGGAUGAAGUACCCAAUGAAGUCUUUUCUGCCUUUAAGUGAUUUGUAUUCAUAUAUUGUAUAAACCGAACUAAUUUCUACUUAAUGUUCUAUCUUAGCUCUUGCUUU